GCUCUUUGGCCUGGCGGCUGUUGACGUUGUGUUCCGGGAGUAAACUUGUCGAGGUGUUUUCGUCGGAUAUUCGUAUUCGGUUCAUUUUCAGCGUCUUGCAUUCAGUAAUAAUAUACUCAAUAUUAGUAUUCGGUAUUCAUUUACAUUUCACAAAAUCUGUGGAAGUUCUGUGAAAUUCCCCUUUUUAGUCAAUGCGCAUUAGUGGGCGUUCACAUUUACGAACAAAAUGCAAAGAGUACAUUUUUUGAAAGACUCCUUCCUGAGCUUGGACGCUUUCCACAAGCAGGUUGUGAUCGGCACCGCUGUUGCAGCAGGCGUUGCGUUGCUGUACAUGCAGCACAGAAGAAGUCCCAAGGUCCAAACUAUUCCUCUCGGCGAAGGUUGGUGGGGAGCAGGCGAGAAACCACAAUCAGAAGACGACAACAUAUAUUCUUUUGAGGUGCAAACCUCCGAUGAUGAAAUCAAGGUCCUUCAAGAGCGCCUUGACAAGACCCGCUACACUGACCCUGUCGAAGAUAGUGCCUUUGAGUAUGGAUUCAAUUCAACUUACCUCAAGCAAGUCGCUUCCUACUGGAGACACGAGUUUGACUGGAAAAAACAAGUGGCAGUGCUGAACAAGUACCAACACUUCAAAACUAAAAUCGAAGGAAUAGACGUGCAUUUUAUCCAUGUGCGGCCAUCUCAACAAAAGAAUCAAAAGGUUGUCCCGCUUAUGCUUGUCCAUGGCUGGCCAGGCUCUUUCUUUGAAUUCUACAAGAUCUUGCCACUUCUCACAGAGAGCCAUACUGAUCUCGCCUUUGAGGUCAUAUGUCCAUCUAUACCAGGAUAUGGUUUCUCUGAAGCCCCUCAUAAACAAGGCUUCAACAGUCUUGCUGCUGCCAGAAUUUUCCUGAAGCUGAUGGAGCGUUUAGGGUUCUCGGAAUUCUAUCUGCAGGGAGGAGACUGGGGCGCUCUCAUCACCACAAAUAUGGCACAGAUGAAACCUCAGUGUGUGAAAGGUCUCCACUUAAACAUGAUUAUGUCAAGAAGAGGGUUUAAAGUGCUGCUGUCCCUCCUGAUCGGCCCUUAUCUGCCCUUCUUGGUUGGUCUGAGUCGGGAAGAUGCCCGCCGCUUGUUCCCAUUCUUUGAAAAAAAUGUGUGGACCAUCUUGAGGGAAACGGGCUACAUGCACAUUCAGGCAACCAAACCAGACAGUAUUGGCUGUGGAGUGAAUGACUCUCCUGUAGGCUUGGCUGCUUACAUUCUGGAGAAAUUCUCCACCUGGACUGACCUGGAGAACAUACACUUGGAGGACGGUGGACUGGAAAGGAAAUUUAGCCUGGACGACCUCCUAACAAAUGUGAUGAUCUACUGGACCACAGGCUCCAUCGUCUCCUCCAUGCGCUUCUACAAAGAGAACCUCAAUAGUAAUCUUGACAAACGGAUUGAUUCAAGAACAAGAAUAUUUGUGCCGACUGGGCUGGCUGCCUUCCCUGGAGAGCUGAUGCACUGCCCUAAAAUGUGGGCCCAAAUUAGGUUUCAUAACAUCGUCUCAUACACUCUGAUGCCUCGAGGUGGUCACUUUGCUGCCUUUGAGGAGCCUCAGCUGCUUGCCAGUGAUCUAAUCCAGUUUGUUCGAAAAGUGGAACGUUGAACAUAUGCAUUUGUUAGUCUGCGCUCCCCAUAUCCUACAACAUCACACGAAACAAUGCUCCUAAGUCUGUAAUCAUCAUAUGAUUCUUAAUUGUCACACAAUUACAAAAAUUAAGUUUUAAAAACUGGAAAGAUUUUGACUAGAUUUAAAAAUCGCUGCAGGGUCAAGUGGACGAAAACUGAUUUCCUUGAAUCUCAAUUUCAACAUACUUUUCAAGUGAAUCAUACUACAGUAUUUGAUUUGACUUUGUUUACAUUCACGAAACAAUUUGCAUUAUAUGCAUAUGGCCACAUUAACUGCUCACAACCGCUUCAACAACAUCUAAAUUAACAUUCUAAACAAUAAUAAACAAAUCCGGGAAUAUGUGGCUAUAUAUCGCGCACACACACAUAGAGUAACCAUACAUACACACACAGGUGGGUGCAAAAAAUUGAAUUGGGGGAAAGUCCAUUUACUCAAAUUAUUUCAAAAAGGUUAAAUAAAAUAUUCAAUUGUAA